UGCGGCCUAAUAUAAAGGUGAUUCCUGAAAAAUAAAAAGGAAAAAGUGAAAAACACUAAUAUGAGGCGCACAUAAUUGUAAUUGCAAUCGUAAUAAUCUGUUAUCGCUGACGUCAUCAUCUCCUCCGUCUCCAGCUCCGAUCCCAUCAAAGGUGAAAGAAGUGUUGCAGAAUGAUGCAAAAAGCACCAUCAUUGGUCGACUUAUGUGUUCAUUUGGCAAUAGACAAUGUUAGGUAUCUAGGAGAUGUUGGAGAAACAGACCACCAUCUCUUAGAACGCAUUUUAUGCCACUGUACACUUGAUCAGUUGAUGCACAUUGAGAAUAGCACAGCAGAUAGAGAUCUUAGCCCUGUCACCGAUAAAUUAUGGAAGAGAUUUUUCAAGGAUAGUUUUGGUGAGGAUAGCUUCAAUAUAGUCGUUGAGAAGAUGCGCCAGAAAAAAGUAACCUUCAAAUGGAAACAGUUGUAUGAGGCUAAGCUAAAAGAGAGGGAAGAGGCUACACAAAAAUCUCUUGAUCGCAUAAAGCAGCGAUAUCUAGAAGAAGAUGCUAAAAAAAGAACCCGACAAGUGCAGCUGUGCUCAAAAGUUCCACCUUCUAGCAAGAAACGAAACUUUUGGGGAGGUGAGACUGCGAGUAAUAUAUACAACACAAAGAGCAGCAUAAUGAAGAAGUCAAAGAUCGAUUUCAUUAACAGCCGAGAGGUAAAAAAUUUAGCUGCCAUGAAAAGUAUAGCUACCAUGAAAAGCAAGGUGUUGCACAAGAAUCAUAGUGUGUUGUCCAAGCCAAAGCUAAUCAAUACAUCUGGAUCUGCUUCAUCUUCGUCUUCAUCAUCAAACAAAAUGAUCAAGCCGUUUCGGAGAAGAUUCUGAACGCAUCGAGUUUCUUCCUUUCUUAUAAUUAUGGUUGAUCGAUGUUGUACCAUAUCCGAUUGCAAGACAUAAAACCUGAUGAUGUUUGCCACAAUGUUUACUACAAGCUUAUAUAAUUUCUUUCAUCUCUA